AGCUUGAACAACAGGAUACGGUAGCAACAAACAUGUUAGUAGCAAACUUUAUAAGGCUCUAGAUUUUGCUUAAAAUGCAAAUGUACGAACUUCAAAAGAAGACCUUUUCUUCCAAGUCAAAAAUUUCUGAAGUUGGACCUUGGGAGCUUGGUCUUUCCUUGGGAUCAGAAAGGCAAAACAGUACUCGCUUGGCGAAGCACAAGCAGACUGGGCAGCUUGCGGUCGUCAAACCAUUAUUGGGAUGGUCUCAAUAUACGCCAAGCCAGCAGACAAGCAUAGAAAGUGAGCUUGUCUUGCUGCGAUUGAUUGAACAUCCCAAUGUCUUACAGCUUAUCGAUGUUAUUACCCAACAAGACCAACUCUAUGUUGUUGUUGAGUACAUGCCAGGAGGAGAGCUUUUUGACUGUAUGCUCCGAAAAGGAAGCUUCUCUGAAGAAACUGCAGCAAAGUUUUUGUGGCAGAUUCUUUACGGUUUAGAAUAUUGUCAUAAACUUCAUAUCUGUCAUCGGGAUCUUAAACCAGAAAAUUUAUUUUUAGACGCCCAUGGUUCUAUUAAGAUUGCAGAAUUCGGGAUGGCUUCCGUUCAACAACCUGGUAAAUUGUUGCAAACAUCUUGUGGCUCUCCACAUUACGCCUCCCCUGAAAUCAUCAUGGGACGCCCAUAUAAUGGUUGCGCAAGUGACAUUUGGUCUUGUGGUGUGAUACUGUUUGCUUUGUUAACUGGUCGAUUACCGUUUGACGAUGAUAAUAUACGCUCUUUACUCUUGAAGGUUUGUGAUGGCCAUUUUGAAAUGCCGAGUGACAUUUCCCCUCAAGCCCAACACUUACUAUAUCGUAUGCUUGACGUGAAUCCUUCUACUCGAAUGACUAUGGAACAGAUUCGUGAACAUCCCUUCGUCAGCUAUUUAGCCAAGCCCAAUAUUUCUAUACCUAUCGUAUCAGCACCUAUUCAACCUGUUGACCCUCUCAUUGUACAACAUCUUUCUUUACUUUUUUGUUGUUCAGAAAAUCCUAUGUCUUUAUAUGAAAGUUUGGCUUCACAAUCACCUCUUCUCGAGAAGACCUUAUACACGCUGCUGAGCCGGCACUUGCAUCCCCCUUCUACCGCUGCUAUUGAUCGCAAUCGUGCUGUCGUCAAUGACUUACUUGGUACAGAGGCCGCAAAAAAUUAUAUCGUUGAUGAGGAAGACAAGAACAGAAAUGAAACUGAAAAAGUAGUUCAAGGUCCAUCAUCAACCCUAUUUCCCGCUACUUACGUUGCCGAUCCCAUAUCACGUCCAGCAACUUCUGCCUCCCCUUUUUUUCCGUCCAUGGCUAGUGCUGGAGUUAAAUAUCCUUAUACUCUCAAUAAUCAGUCUUCUUUCUUUCACCGCCCCGCUACCUCUACUUCCGCUAUGCCGCAAAUUCCUAAAUCUGUAACACCUGGUCUGGCUACUCAAUAUUCUCACAUUCCUCCAGUAAUACCAAGUUUGCGUUCGACUACGAACGUGCAGCAUCCCUUUGCCGUUCCAAAUAGUGACCCCGAGAGUUCCGGUAAUCGCCGAGCUGUCUCUCUAGACAUGUCUAAUGACUUUCCAGGAAACGAAUCUGAAUUACAAUUAAAGUCUGGCACCCCUUUUUCAUAUGUUAAUGGUUCAGGUGACAUGGGUCCUCCUAAGAGACGUGUCGUUUCCAGGUUGUCGGAGUAUAACAAUAAAACACCCAUGGGUUAUUCAGCUGCUAACUCUGGCAAUUCGAAAACAGCUCGCUUCCAAGUUCUUCCAGACUCAACUCCAUCUAACGAAAAUUAUGCUCAUAAUCAACCACUAACUAAUCCCCAUUACGCAGCGUCUCGCAGAGUUCGUACACCCAGCGGUGAACGCAUGGUUCCUGUGGACAUGGUUUCCUCUAUGGGAAGUUAUGACUAUAUCAAUGUUCCUAAGCAACGCCGCCAGUCACUAUUUACUCAAUCAGCUUCUCAAAAGAAGCUUUCUGGGUCUCCAUUUCAACCUAAGAGAUCAUUCUUAAGAAGGCUUUUCAGUAGCGAGCCGUCUUGCAAGUGCAUUUAUGCCAGCCUUAGUGCAGCUGAACUUGAGUACGAAAUCCUUGAAGUUCUUAGACGCUGGCAGUUGCUGGGAGUUGGUAUUGCUGAUAUUUUUUAUGAUGCAGUGAGCGUUUCGAUCAGUGCUCGUAUAAAACGUCAGAACUCCCUUAACCUCAAGGGAUUAAGAUUUCGAGUUUCUGUCCUUACUGAAUAUUUUGGUUCUCAAGCCGUAUUUGUUUUGGAAAGUGGUUCUUCUUCCACAUUUGACCACUUAGCCACUGAAUUUCAACUAAUUUUCGAAGAUAAGGGAUUUAUAGAUAAUCUAGAGCCUUCUUAUUUUCAAUCUGUUGCCCCUCGUCCAUCUUCGAGAUUUAGUGUAACGAACAGUCCUUUUGCUGCUUUUCGUCAACGCCAGUCUAUUCAAAGUUGAAAAUUCCUUUUUUUAUCAUACUAC